CAGCUCAACGAGGUUCUUUUUUUAACCGGCCAUGAUAAUGACGAUGGGUGUCGCAGCAACCCGGACAUGUUAUCUACGUUACCUGAAGUAGACAUGAUGGUGUUGCCCCCCUCAGAGAAUCUGCCAGGUUCAGGCUGAGUUUACGGUAUGACCGGGUCAGAAUCUCAUUACUCUGCUACCAAGAUUUCCCAUACAGACUUUCAAAUGAAAAUGGAGGAUAUGCCCCUGUCAGGCCCAGACAACACCAAGCUGGAGGCCUUGGUCCAUGACAUCUACUCUGAGCUGGUGGAAGAUGCCUGUUUGGGCCUGUGUUUUGAGGUGCAUCGUGCCGUGAAACAGGGCUAUUUUUUCUUGGACGAAACGGACCAAGAGAGCUUGAAGGAGUUUGAAAUUGUGGAUCAACCAGGAGUGGAUAUAUUCGGUCAAGUGUACAAUCAGUGGAAAAACAAAGAGUGCGAGUGCCCGAACUGCAAAAGAUUGAUAGCAGCUUCCCGCUUCGCCCCGCAUUUGGAGAAAUGUCUCGGCAUGGGCCGCAACAGCAGUCGCAUUGCCAACCGCAGGCUAGCCAGCAAUAACAACAUGAGCAAAUCAGAGAGCGAUCAGGAAGACAAUGAUGACCUCAACGAUAACGACUGGUCGUACGGGGCAGAGAAAAAAGCAAAGAAGAGGAAGUCAGAUAAGAAUCAAAAUUCUCCAAGACGAUCCAAAUCUUUGAAACAUAAAAACGGUGAGCUGGGGAGCGGUGUCGCGUCAGAGCCUUACAAGUACAACUAUAAUACUGGCAUCAAUUAUGAAACACUGGGUCCUGAUGAAGUGCGAUCCUUUUUAACGACACAAUGUGGGGUGAUCUCUGAGCACACCAAGAAGAUGUGUACCAGGUCUCAGCGGUGUCCCCAGCACACGGACGAACAGAGGAGGGCCGUCAGGGUGUUCCUCCUGGGGCCGUCCGCGACUUCACUGCCUGAUGCAGAGGCCGUGGUGGAGAGCGACAGUUUCGAUAUUCCGGAUGGACAGACCCUGAUGAGCCGCCUGCAGUGGGAAGACUCCCCAGAUAUUUCACCUGCUGACUCUGCCUCAUCUAAAGCCAGUACUAACCAUUCAGAUUCGAGGAGGCCCAAGAAAAAGAAGAGGACACCUCUCAGUUUGAACGCUGUAGGAGGCGUUGGAGGAGGAGGAGGAGGAGUGGGAAAUGUGACAGGAGGAAGCAGCAGCAGCAGCUCUCAGAGUAAUAUCAGCUUACCGACCAAAAAAAAGAGGCCCAAACUCCCAGCACCUUCCAUCUCCAGUAUCUACGAUGACUUAAACUAAGUUCUGUCUGAACGCCUUUCUUUUCAGUUCCUCCUGUCAUGACCACAUGUACAAGUUUGAACAGGAUUGAAUGACACGUCAUUUAGUAGUUCUUAUUUAUUUAUUCCUUGACAAGGUAAGAAGUUAAAUAAACAUACUCCCCUCUGUCCUAAACAAUCGUGUUUUUGUAAAGUAACAAAAGUCCAGUCAGAUCUGGAGGAACUUGAGCCGUUGUCAUCCAAAGAUGUGACACCGUUAAUCCACUGACGUUAUGCAGUAAGGCCUGUUACUUGGCCUGUCACACAAAAAAAUAACCUUUUUAAAUGAAACCAUUGGAGCAAAUAUGCAGAGAAAUUGAUGAGCUUAAUCAUUUUGAAUCAGAGCCAAGCUGUCUGAGAAAAUUCCAAAUGUUAAUUACAGUGCCAUGUUAGGGUCAUUGAGUGAAUUUUAUGUGUCUGGUUGAUAGGUCAAUCUUUUAGCCCACUUGCAAAUGCUGCUUAGUUUUGGUCUUUCAUAGUUUUUCUGCCCUAAAACCUUACAUUUUGAUUUAUAUAGUUUGCAUUUGUUGCACAUAAAACUAAAACUGCUUUUCAUUUCAACACUCAACACAAGUUUACCUGAUUUCUCAUUACUCAGUGGCUUUUUAACUCUAGCGUUGUAUUGCACAGUUGUGUUUGAGUGCCUCUUUUUUGCUGACUUGCAUUCAGUGUGUAGUUUGUAUAUGCAUGUAUGUAUGUAUGUGUGUGUGUAGUUCAUGUAUAUAUAUUUUCAUAAAACUAUGCAUCCAAGAAUGUGACAUUCCUCGAGUGUGAGUGCCGUUUAAAAUAUUUCAUUUUUUUCUUAAUGACAUCACCUAUAUAAUUCAUCUUUUAUUAGUCAACGCCUUUAACGUGAUACUGUAUGUACAUGAUUAGAUAUUUGAUUGACCAGCAGGCUUUGGAGAAACUUGUACAGUUAAUGUAUAUAUAUGACGUGUGUGUCAGAAAACUAAACAUGAAUCUUGCGUCUUGUUUUUGUCUGAACAAUCAUUGUGGUGUGUAGUUUUGUUCACUUUAAAGAUCAUGUGAUCUGUGCUGCAGUUCUGCUUGUCAUUCACACUGAGGAGUCUGUUACUGUUGGGAGAUGUGUUACAUGCUUUAGAGGAUGGAUGCACUAUUUCACUUGUACAUAUUUCUUUAUUUAGUUGAUGUUAAAAGAAACAUUUUGUUUUUCUUGAUUGGAUAAACCAACACACAAUGUUAACUCUUACUAUUGUUGAUUAGAAGGAUACAUUUUGUUUGUAUAUUGACACAAAACUUAGGGACUGUAUGAAUUUAUGAGGAAGUAGAGAAAACAAGGGGUUAAAAGGUAUCAGUCCAUCAAAAUGUCUCGUAUGCACUUUUGACAUUUUCAGGACAGCCUGUCCCUGCCCCCCUAUUUCACUCUUGGGCUGGAAGAAAAAAAUCUUCCUGCAGCCAGAGUGAUGGAAAUAAAAAAAAACCUGCAGCACCUUUGAAUGGUUCACUUCACUUUAGAAAACUCUCAGACAGUCCAGUUGACCAGUCAAAAGUAACAGACAUUAAAAAUGUCACUUCUAACCACGCCCUUUAGCUAUUUUCAUUAACUAUUUGAUCUGUAGCAAGUUCCCUUUUCCGUGUUUUCAAAAUAAAAGAUAGUUUUUUAUCCAAACUGGAAGUAAAGCACACUUAGCUUCACACUACAAAAUGAGAAAUAAAACCAUGAAAUUGUUUUUUUGACAUGCAAAAUAAUGGAAUUUCAAUCAUGACAUUAGAAAUGCACUUUAUUGUGAUCACCUGUUGAAAUUUAGCAAUUGACAUAUUUUUUCAACAGUUCAUUUGCAAGCCCUAUAUUUAUCAAUUCUAAUCCAUGAUGUUUAAAUCCUUUGGGAUGUGUAGUAAGGAAAUAUAAAAUACCUUGAUGAAUUUCAAACUGUUUGUUUUCACUGUGUAAAGUAUUUUAUUUCAGUAUAUAUUGCUAAAAAGUUGUCAUACACUCCCAAAAGUAUAUUGCAUUGUGUUGUUUUUCUCAAAAUUGGUUGGCAAAGCCUUAUAAUCCAAAUAUGGUUAAGAUUUUAAAUGAAUUGGAUUGAGGCCUUUUUUCCCCCUUUGGCUUUUUCCACUAAGGUCUUGUGAUGUGCACUAAAGAUGAAUGAACUGUUUUUGUGAUACUUCAAUAAAUGUGAUUCAUUUUUCCUUGAAGAUGUAAUCAGCUGAUAUUUUCUCUUGAUGCUAUUUGUGUAUCUGUUUUGCAAGUAUGAAUGCAACAAUAUAAGCCCCAGUGUUGUGAA